UAACUUAUAAAAUGACCCUCGUCCUCCCUCCAUCACCCAUCAUUUUCAUUUUCAUUGCUACGUGAUCGAAAAACGGAUCCAGCAGACCCCAAAAAUCUCAAUGUUUGAAGAAUCGAUCUGAAUCAAAUUGUCCUCUCGCAACACUCACCUGUCUGGAUUGAAUUUGCAAAAAUAUGGAACUUACAGAAAGUGUGCCAGAGGGUUCAAGUCAAACCGUCAUUACACAAUCAUCAUUAAUCAGUGGUCUCCCAGACGAUAUUGCUCUAACCUGCUUAGCAAGGAUUCCGCGUAAAUACCAUUCACUCCUCAAAUGCGUUUCAAGAAAAUGGCGGGAUUUGGUUUGCAGUGAAGAGUGGUAUACCUACCGUCAAAAGCAUAACUUAUCCGAAACUUGGAUUUAUGCGUUAUGUAAAGACAAAUCAGAACAACUUUGUUGUUAUGUAUUAGACCCAGAUUUGCCCAAAAAAGGUUGGAAACGUAUCCCGGAUCUUUCACCUCGUUGUUUGAAACGAAAAGGUGUCGGUUUUGAAGUGUUGGGGAAAACAAUUUACUUUUUGGGUGGAUGCGGUUGGGUUGAAGAUGCUACCGAUGAAGUUUAUUGUUAUGAUGCUAGUAGGAAUGCGUGGAGUGAAGCUUCUCCGUUGUCAACUCCAAGGUGUUAUUUCGCUUGUGAAGCAAUGGAUGAUAAGAUGUAUGCAAUUGGCGGGCUAGGAUCCAAGUCAAGCGAUCCACACUCAUGGGACACUUUUGAUUCAACCACAAACUCAUGGACAUCUCAUAUGGAUCCAAACAUUGUUCCCGAGAUCGAAGACUCUCUAGUACUAGACGGGAAAAUCUACAUCCGAUGCGGGCUUUCGGCUGUAUCUAGUCAUGUUUAUGCAGUUGUGUACGACCCACUAAACGGCACAUGGCAGCAUGCGGAUGCUGACAUGAUGUCAGGCUGGCGGGGCCCGGGCAUUGUAGUGGACAACACGCUUUACGUGUUGGAUCAGAGUUCAGGAACGAGAGUGAUGAUGUGGCGGAAGGAUAGUAGAGAAUGGGAAGCGUUCGGGAGACUGGCGGCGAUUCUUACAAGACCACCGUGUCGGCUGGUGGCGAUUGGUAAGAAGAUGUUUGUUGUUGGAAAGGGGCUUAGCACUGUGGUUUUUGAUGUUGAUAAGGCUGCGAAUAUUGAUGGAAUGUUGGUUACUACAUCUGUGCCAAAGUUGCCUUCUGAUGAUGAUGUAAUUAGCUGCAAAUCUGUUUCUUUAUGACCGUUUUACCCUUGUGUUUAAUAAGACUCGGAACUUGUUUGAUAACAUGUCAUAUUUUAUAAGACUAAAUGGUCAUAAAACUUCAAUGUAAUAUGGAGUCAAACUAUGAUAAAACUUCUAUUUGUUGAAUGCUC